GCCUUAGUCGCAGCACCAGGUAAUUUCCUCCCAGGCCUCCAUGGGCUUGUGUAUAAAGGCCCCUGGACCUGGUCCCUGACAGAACCCAGAACCUACAGACCCAUCCAGACCCCCGGCUGAACCUGCUGCCCAGAGCCCCAUGAAGCUGAUGGCCCUGCAGCUGCUGCUCUGGCACAGCGCACUCUGGAUGGUGCAAGAAGCCACCCCCCUCGGCCCUGCCAGCUCCCUGCCCCAGAGCUUCCUGCUUAAGUGCUUAGAGCAAGUGAGGAAAAUCCAGGCUGAUGGCACCGAGCUGCAGGAGAGGCUGUGUACCACCCACAAGCUGUGCCACCCUGAGGAGCUGGUGCUGCUUGGGCACUCUCUGGGCAUCCCCCAGGCUUCCCUGAGUAGCUGCUCCAGCCAGGCCCUGCAGCUGACAGGCUGCCUGAGCCAGCUGCACGGCGGCCUCUUCCUCUACCAGGGCCUCCUGCAGGCCUUGGCGGGGAUCUCCCCAGAGUUGGCCCCCACCUUGGACAUACUGCAGCUGGACGUCACCGACUUUGGCACCAACAUCUGGCUGCAGAUGGAAGACCUGGGGGUGGUCCCUGCCGUGCAGCCCACCCAGGGCCCCAUGCCGACCUUCACCUCGGCCUUCCAGCGCCGGGCAGGAGGGGUCCUGGUUGCUUCCAAGCUGCAGAGCUUCCUGGAGCUCGCAUACCGUGUCCUGCGCUACCUGGCCGAGCCCUGAGCAAAGCCCUCCCCCUCCAGUGUAUUUAUCUCUAUUUAAUAUUUAUGCUUAUUUAAACCUAGUAUUUAAAGACGGGGAAGACAGAAAGGAGCCCCAGACUCCUGGGUCCUUCCCUGCACCUCCAAGUUUCAUUCUCCUGCCUGUAGCAGGGAGAAAAACUCCCGUCUUCCCGUCCCCUGGACUGGGAGGGAGUUGGUAAAUACCAAGUAUUACUUCCUGUGACUGCUCCCUGCCUGGCCCCGUGGUGGGCUCUGGGGAGAGCCACAGCGAACCCCUACCCUGAGGUGCCUACCUCAGGGCCCUUGGAAUCAUCGGGAAGUCUCCCACGUGGGAGAUGAGACAGCCCUGUUUAAUAUUUAAACAGCAGUGUUCCCCAACUGGGUCCUUGCACCCCUGGCUCUGGCCUGACUUGGCUGCUUCCCUUGAGUCCCCUUUGCCUCGGGCACGAAGCCCAUCAGAGGCAGCCGGAGCCGGGACGCUUGACCCUGGGGUCCCGCAAAUUUGCUGGGGAAUCG